CUUCUUCUUCAAUUCCCCAACCUAAUUAUAACUACUUUCAAUUCAUCAAAUUGAUUUUCAUCUUAGCUUAGCUUUGUUUCAUGGAGUUGGGUUUGAGCGUAGGAGGGGAUAGCAACAGUAUCCCAACCCUGAAGCCAUUUUCGUUUCUUCAAAUCCCUGCUUCUGCUUCUGCGUAUGAAGAUCAAAAGAAUGGGAGGAGGGGCAAAGAUAAUAAUAUAGGGUUUUGCAUGGCUGCUUUAGGAGAUGAAGAGCCGCCGCUGCAGCUCGCUCUUCUGCCUCUCUCUCCGCCGCCGCUUCCCUGCGCCGCCGCCCAGCCUCGUUUUCCAUGGCUAUCCCACAACUUGGGUUCUGAGCCGGGAUUCUUGUCAAAUUUACCGGGAUUCUUGUCAUCUCCCAACACCAGCGGCGCGUCGUCUUUUCCGGCGACGGGCAGAAAAAAUGUGAGAUGGUGGUCUAGGAAGAGAGAUAUGAUGACAGAGAGAAGAGCUUCCUCUAACAAUAACUCUGUAGGCAGUGAUGAAGACGACGAGAUUAAUGGCGGCGGUUUGGGCCGGAAAAAGCUGAGGCUUACCAGACAACAGUCCGCAUUUCUUGAACAAACCUUCAAACAACACUCCACUCUCAAUCCAAAUAAGGUUGCGCUGGCAAAGCAGUUAAAUCUUCGUCCACGCCAAGUAGAAGUAUGGUUUCAGAACAGAAGAGCAAGAACAAAGUUGAAGCAGACGGAGGUAGAUUGCGAGUAUUUAAGGAGGUGUUGCGAGACACUUCGAGAUGAGAAUAAAAGGUUACAAAAAGAGGUUCAAGAAUUGAGAGCCUUGAAGACUACUUCACACCCUUUCUACAACCACCUUCCUGCCACCACUCUCAAUAUCUGUCCUUCUUGCACCGCCGCUACUACACCGUCUGCCGCCGCCACUAAUACCGCUCGGUCUCUACCUAAAUCUGAAUGUUAAUUUUCCGUUGCCAAUCUUCUCGGGUCUCUUCUUUUUUGGGUGACUAAUAAAAUUUACAAUUUGUCUCUUCUUUUUUGAGUGACUAGUAAAAUUUACAAUUAAUAUCUUAUGAUGUACGUAUAUCCACUUACUAGAUACCGCACUUAUAUAAUAAUUUACAAAUUACACUAAAAAAGUAAACAACACUAGAAAUAUAAUACUUCUUUAGCCAAAUGGUUUUAGUUAAUGUACUUUCACGUUUUCAUGUAUAUGUAGAUAUCACGAUUUUGGUCGUU